GCUUGUCACACCCGCCGAAGCUUGUUGUCGUUGUUGGCGUCGCCAGUGUUGUUGUGCAUCCGUCGAAUCCUUCUCCGCAACCUAGAAUUCCUCUCUACGACAACGACAGAGGCAAGCGGGCCGUCACAAAGCCGGAGUGGUCACUGUUCCGUGCCAACUCCGGGAUAGGGAUCGUUAGCAGCGUUCCGGGGCUAUCGUGUCGCUGGUCCGGUGGAGCGCGGUGAAAAUCUGUGCGCAGUUGUUACUUCUCAAUCAUGGCGUCGGAAAACAUUUUCCUGUUCAUCCCGAACAUGAUCGGCUACGGGAGGAUAAUUUUGGCGUUGCUGUCGUUCUACUUCAUGCCGUUCGACUACUCAAGAGCCUUCUGGUGUUAUAUGCUCUCGGCAUUCCUCGAUGCCUGGGACGGUCAUGCCGCGCGGUACUUCAAUCAGAGCACCAAGUUUGGCGCUUUGCUCGAUCAACUGACAGACCGCUGUGGAACGAUGUGCCUCCUCGUUACCUUGAGCCACUUCUAUCCCAAGUACAUGUUUUGGUUCCAGCUGAGCAUGGCCAUCGACAUCGCGUCCCAUUGGCUGCACACACAGGUAUCUUUGAUGAAGGGAAAGACUUCCCAUAAGGAUGUACAAGGCAACUGGCUGCUCCAUAUUUACUACACUUCAAAACCGGUUCUUUUCACGAUGUGCGUAGCCAACGAGGUUUUCUACAUGUCUCUCUACAUGCUGCAUUUUAUCGAGGGAGUGAGCAUCGGUCCGGUGGGAUUUUGGAGGUUGUGCGUAUACAUCACAUUCCCACUCGGUGUGUUCAAGAGUGUCUUGGCUCUCCUCCAAAUGGUUGAAGCAGCGAAGGAUUGCGGUAGGCUCGACGAGGAGGAGAGGGCGAAGGCUCAGCGAGCGGACUAAGUUUAGCCUCUGAGAAUGGGGAGUUCGGAAGUUGCUGUGAUGAACACCGCAAUCAGGUCUCGUCCAGCCAGGAUUACUCUAGUCAUCGUUGGACCAAGGAACAGCAUACGUCCCUCCGGAUCCGACUGAUCAAAUAUUUCUUCGAAUCACGAGUUCCUCAACGACCUACAACUGUCUGUCUCGUCUCAGGAAAAUUCAUAGUCCCUUGCGAGACCCAUGGGCACGGCAAUAUCCUUCAGUAUAGAAGGAACAUGGAGCUCUUACAUAGCUGAGGAGAAUCUUCCAAGAGGGAGUGGAAUAUCGCCUAUCGUAUUCUCCUUGUACCCUUAGCAUUCCUCGGUUCUCACUAUGAAUGAAUCUUCUAGCAUGAAUCUUUUAACAUUCCACGCUAUCUGUAUAUCUGCUGGGAGCGGUCGAUGCAUAGCUAAGGUCAAACCUGCCAAAUUUUGGCAUCAAUCCAUGGAGCUUUCUAUAGAUUAUACAAAAACGGAUUGACAUCAUUGAUUUACUGAGGCAUCGAGAGAAUGAUGUAUGUGAUAAAUAAAACGAAACCCAUCGUCGGCCGAAGACGAGCUCUAUAAUCCCAAGAAGUGAAUAU